CAACUUAAUCCAAAACAAAUGUCAUGUCAGUAAUGGAAGUUUUGUGUAAGGGUGUAUAGGGUAUAGGUGUACAUUUUUAUUUUUAGUCACAUAAAAUUAUUAACAUGCACACCUAUUUUUUAAUUACAACAAAGACAUAAAAUGUGACAAAGAAAUGUAAAUAAUGGAUAGUGAAUUAGAGAAAUCGGUACUUUUGAGUACAUUUCAGUGUGGCAAGAAGAAAAUUCGUAUAAUUUUACAUCAAGGAAAUAUUGUUUGGGAUAAUGAAAAACCUCCAUCAGACAAGAAGUCAUUGCUACUUGAUAAUAUUAUUUCUGUUCAACAUAACUAUGUGCGAAACAGUCACCCAAGUGAAAUUCAACAAAUAGACCCCUACACAUUCACUAUUCAUUAUGCAGAAAGGGACAAAGGAUCAAAAUGGACUUACAAAAACAUUACACUCAAACACACUGAUUCUGUACAAGUUGCCAUGUGGGUAAAAACCCUACAAAACUAUUUAAAAAAUUUCAAAGGACGGCCAAAGCACUUGCUUCUUUUUGUAAAUCCCUUUGGGGGCAAAAAGAACGCGAUGCAGAUAUAUGAAAAAUUCGCCAAAAAUCUGUUCAGUAUAGCCGGCAUUGAAGUUACUGUGAACGUUUCACAAAGAAAAGAUCAAAUAAAAGACUUUAUAAUAAAUCAUAACUUGGAUACAUUUGAUUCUGUUGCCUGUGUUGGAGGGGAUGGAACUGUUUCUGAGCUUUUCAAUGGUCUAGUCUUAAGGGAGUGCAAUAUAAAAGGAGUAGAUCCUGAUGAUAUUGAUCAGAAUCUGCCCAAACCCAAAAUUCCCAUAGGCAUUAUACCAGGAGGUAGUACUGAUACAAUAGCAUACUGCAUCCAUGGUACAGAUGAUCCAACAACAGCCGUACUGCAUAUUAUAUUUGGAGACAAAUUAGGAUUAGAUUUAGUGUCUGUGUAUGAUGAACACAGUUUACUUCGUUUAUACGCUAGUGUUUUAAGUUAUGGUUACUUAGGUGAUGUUGCUUACCACAGUGAUCAGUAUCGAUGGAUGGGCCCCAGAAGAUAUGAUUACUCAGGGUUUAAAAAAUUGGUGAGCAACAGAGGCUAUCACGGGGAAUUAGCCGUCUUUUCCGAGACAGAAGGGGGAGUCGUCCAGGAAAUACCUUGCCAAGAAAAAUGUGAUAAAUGCGAAUCUAGUAAAAGACUUGAAAUCGACGAAUUAGGCUGUAAAUGGCAGACGUUUUCUGGCAAAUUCUUUAUGGUAAGCGGCGCGAAUAUAAGCUGUGCGUGCGCCCGAAGUCCAAAAGGUAUAGCGCCCUAUACGCACCUGGGCGACGGUAUGGUGCAUUUGGUUCUCGUCAAGCACACUUCAGUAUUGAACAAUUUGAGAUUGUUGUUGAGGCUGUCCAGCAGCGAUUCGUGCAUUGAAGAUUUGCCAUUUGUUGAGAUUUUAAGUGCCAGGGAGUUCUGCUUCCGAGCCACGGAAGGCAGUAGUAAAUGGAACUGUGAUGGAGAAGUGCAACAUCAGAUUAAUAUACGUGCAAAAGUAAGAUGUCAAUUGCUCACAAUAUUCAGUAGAGGAAAGCCGAAGGAAAACUCAAUAGAUCCGACCUGCUGUGGAUUUUGAGCUUUCCUCUUAUUUGAUUUAGAAAAACAUAUUUUAAAAGUAUUGACUCAAGUAUUUUAAAAGCUCUAUUCCUUCCUAUAGAUAGUAUUAUUUUUUUCUACAAUCUUUAUUCAUUCCGAUUAUUUUGAGGUAUAUAAGAUGGCCAACAAAUAAAUUAUUUUUUAAUCA